UUUCUUUCAGUUUCUCUUUUAUCUUUUUGUUGAUAAAUUUCAAUUUCUCCUCCUAAUGUAUUAAUCUGUUUUCGUCUCUAGUCUUUUUCCUUUCAAUUACGACUCAUUCAUUUCAACGCCAUGGGAAAUUGCUGCUCCGAUAUCGCCGCUGGUCGCUCGGCCGUCGGCGGAACAGCCGGCGGUUUACUCAAUUCAGCAAACGCUCCCAACGACGCCGUCGAUAACUUCUUCAAGUCUCGCGGCUACCAAGGUCUCUUCUCACAGAUCGAGUUGUCGUUUUCUGCUUCUGGAUUGCGUGAUCGCGAUGUGCUCUCUAAGAGUGAUCCAAUACUGGUUCUUUAUGCAAAAGGAAAAAAUGGAGCACUUGAGGAACUUGGCCGGACAGAAGUAGUUUUGAAUUCAUUGAAUCCGACAUGGAUUACUAAACAAACUCUCAUUUACCAUUUUGAGGUUGUUCAGGUUUUAGUGUUUCACGUUUAUGAUGUUGACACUCAGUUUCACAACGCAGAUGUGAAGAUACUUAAGCUAGAAGAACAACAAUUUCUAGGUGAGGCAACAUGUGCAUUAUCUGAGAUAAUUACAAAGUCUGAUGGAUCAUUGACAUUAGAUUUACUCAGACAAGAUUCUAUCAGAUCUGGCGACUCCCAAAAAUGUGGGAAGCUCAAAGUGCAUGCCGAGGAAUGUGUUGGCUCAAAGACUACAGUAGAGAUGAUACUCAGGUGUUCAGAUUUGGAAUAUAGGGACCUCUUCUCAAAGAGUGAUCCCUUUUUAAUAGUAUCAAAAGUUGUGGAAAGUGGUGCCCAUAUUCCAAUUUGCAAAACUGAAGCUAUAAAGAAUGAUCACCACCCAACAUGGAAGUCAUUAUUCUUGAAUAUUCAACAAGUAGGAAGCAAGGAAAGUCCUUUGAUAAUAGAGUGUUACAACUUUAAUAGCAGUGGCAAACAUGAUUUGUUGGGAAAAGUGCAGACAUCUUUGGUAGAGUUGGAGAAGCUCCAUUCUGGUGGCCAAGGAGAAAAUUUAUUUUUGCCUGCUGCUGCGGGUCAUGAUUCUCAGGCCAAGGUUUUGAAGAGCCGGCUAUUUGUGGAUAAAUUUUCUGAAAGCAUCCAAUAUACUUUCCUGGAUUACCUUGCUGGGGGAUUUGAAUUGAACUUCAUGCUGGCCGUUGAUUUUACAGCUUCAAAUGGCAAUUCACGCCUUCCAGAUUCCUUGCAUUAUAUUGAUCCUUCAGGACGGCCAAAUUCAUACCAGAGAGCAAUUAUUGAGGUUGGAGAGGUGUUACAGUUUUAUGAUGCCGACAAGCGAUUUCCUACGUGGGGAUUUGGAGCACGGCCAAUUGAUGGUCCAGUUUCCCAUUGUUUCAACUUGAACGGAAGCAAUAAUUACUGUGAGGUGGAUGGUAUUCAAGGAAUUAUGAUGGCAUACACAAGUGCUCUGCUUAACGUUUCUCUUGCAGGACCAACACUUUUUGGACCUGUCAUAAAUAAUGCUGCACUUAUUGCCAGCCAAUCUGUAGCAAAUGGUGGUAGAAAGUACUUUAUCCUGUUGAUAAUCACGGAUGGAGUAGUGACAGAUCUCCAAGAAACAAAAGAUGCACUCGUUAAAGCAUCAGACCUACCAUUAUCAAUCCUUAUUGUUGGUGUAGGAGGAGCUGAUUUCAAAGAAAUGGAGAUCUUGGAUGCAGACAAGGGGGAAAGGCUUGAAAGUUCAUCUGGGCGUGUUGCCUCACGUGAUAUAGUCCAGUUUGUUCCAUUUCGAGAUGUUCAAAGUGGUGAAAUUUCAGUAGUUCAAGCACUUCUAGCAGAAUUACCUACUCAAUUUUUAGCUUACAUGCGGAGCAGAAAUAUCCAACCAAAUCUCUAGUUUUGUAAAGAUCUUACAUAUUCAAAAUAUCAUAUUCAUUGAUCAUUGUGCAUGUUCAAGGCCCCUUUUACAUUUUUACUCUAUCUUAAAUCCAUAAGUUCGGCCAAAGGGCUGAGAACUCAUGCUUUGUGCUAAAUGCCAAUUAAAGGGUCAAGAGAGGUUCCUCGGUCAGCUGCUUUAUCUUCAUGUCUGCCCGUUCAAGCCUUUUGGUUGGAAUGUCCUUUUCCUGUGUUGUUGCUUUUGGGGUUUUUUCUGGUUAGUUAGGAUCUGAAAAAAGUUUUUGUACAAAUUGAAGUUUCUGUUUUCUUGUAGUUGAGAAGGCAAAAUUUCUAGUCCUACAGUCUACAUCGAAUCUGGAAAUCCAAUAUAACUGAACUACUUUUUUUUU